GCAUCAUGACUCCGCCUCCUCUGAUUGGUCAGUUCGGGCCAGCUGGCUGUGACGCUGCAGCAGCAGCAGCAGCAGGUGUUGUUAUUUCUGUGUUUUGGUGUGAUUGGUGUGAUUGGUGCAGCCUGCAGGCUGAACUGAAGCGGGUCCUGGUUCUGGUUCUGGUCCGGGUGUGAACCUGUCCUUGUCGAGAUGUCGUCGGCCGAACAGAACGGAACCUCCAGAACCUCCAGAACCUCCAGAACCUUCAGUCAGCUCAACCAGUUCGAGAAGCUGACCUGGAGGCCCGAAGUCCCAGACUCAGGCUCUAAGAAGCGGGCUCGCUGGCUUCAGGCUCGACGCAUCUUCUCCCCUUCCUGCCCCAACCUGCGGAUCCCCAACAGGUUUCUGAGAGAAGGACACUGUGUCCCCCCCGCCCGCAGCGGACACCGCUGUGUUGCAGACAGCACCAACCUGUACGUGUUCGGAGGAUACAACCCAGACUUUGAGGAGGCGGGCGGGUCAGAUAAUGAAGACUACCCUCUCUUCAGGGAGCUCUGGCGGUUUCACUUUGCCACAGCCACCUGGCAGCAGGUUCGCACGGAGGGUUACAUGCCCACAGAGCUGGCCUCUAUGUCGGCUGUUUUACAUGGUAACAAUCUGCUUGUAUUCGGUGGCACCGGGAUCCCGUUUGGUGAAAACAACGGUAACGAAGUCCAUGUUUGCAACGUUCAGUACAAACGAUGGAACCUGCUGAACUGCAGAGGGAAGAAACCCAACAAGAUCUACGGACAGGCGAUGGUCAUCAUAAAUGGCUACCUCUAUGUGUUCGGCGGGACGACGGGCUACCUCUACAGCACCGACCUGCACAGGCUGGACCUGACCACCAGAGAGUGGACCCACCUCAAACCCAACAACGCCCCCUCAGAUCUACCGGAAGAGAGGUACAGACAUGAACUAGCUCAUGAUGGACAGAGAAUCUACAUCUUAGGAGGAGGAACUUCCUGGACGUCUUAUCCUCUGGACAAGAUUCAUGCAUAUAACUUGGAGACAAAUUCCUGGGAGGAGAUGGUCACCAGACCUCACGAGAGACUAGGAUAUCCUGCUGCCCGCCGCUGUCACAGCUGUGUGCAGGUCAAAGAUGAGGUGUUUAUAUGUGGAGGUUAUAACGGAGAGCUGAUCCUCUCCGACCUGUGGAAGAUCAACCUGCAGACACUUCAGUGGACCAAGCUGCCCGCCGCCAUGCCAGAACCGGCCUACUUCCACUGUGCUGCCGUCACUCCGGCCGGCUGCAUGUACAUCCACGGCGGCGUCGUCAACAUGUCUGGCAACAGGAGGACGGGCUCUUUGUACAAAGUGUGGUUGGUGGUGCCGAGCCUGCUGGACCUGACCUGGGAGAAACUGCUGAAAACGUUCCCUCACUUAGCCCAGAUGUCCAGCCUGCAGCUGCUCAGCAUGGGCCUGACGCACUCACUAAUCCAGCGGCUCAAAUAGACUGAAGAGACUGAAGGAAGCGACUGAGAUCAACUCCUUUCACUGUUGCUGAAGUGACGAUGCGUCGCACGCCGUCGCCAUCUUUGACGCACGUUCAGUCAGCUGCUGCUGCUGCUACGCCCACUGUGACAUCCUGUAGGUUAGACGUUCCCCUUCACUGCUCACAUCGAGGCCUCGUGAUCAGAUGAAAACCCAAAAGCCUCUUUAAACAUCUGUGACGUGGCAUCACUGUGAAUCUUCUAGUGCCUCUUCCAUUAGUAAGUUAGAACCCGUCGCUCCACAGUGACGCUCCUCGAGCCUUUUCAUUUCUACAUUUGGUGCCUUUUGAAUUUCCAAAAUGUCACAUUGAUCUUUUUAAGAUGAUUUGUUCGUUGCUCUCUGAACUGUUUGUUUCCUCAUGUGAUGUACCUGGUGUUCUCCACAUGAACCUUCCUGCUCAUGAUUAAUCAGGAGACGCCGCUUGCAGCUAAAGAUUUUUCAUUAACUUAUAAACACACAUUUUUACCUAUUUAUUGUAAUCACUGUGCUGCUGUUUGAUUUUAUUACCAGACUUUGAGUUGUAGCAGAACGUGGAGCUGCUUUUCUUUUUCACCUGAUUUCCUUUUUUUAAUUUUAUUUCCCACUUUUAGCCUCAACUCCAUCUGACCCGUUUCUACUGUUACAGGCUGCAUUUUUGUUUUUAACUCUUGGUCUCGGUUCUUCAGAGAACGUAGUGCCGUCGUACUUAAAGGUCCCAUAUUGUAAAAAGUGAGAUUUUCAUGUCGUAAGUGCUUACGGUUUAAGUGCUUUAUAAAUACUGUUAAACUAUCAAAACGCUCAAUAAACGGAGAAACACACACAGCCCGUA